AUGUUAUCCACAAACCCAACACACUUCACGCCCGAACAGUACGAUGACGCCUGGGAACGUCUCGACCUUGAGAGGACCUAUAGGAAUCUUUACAGGGAGUACAUCUUUCUUUCUGUGCAGCUUUCAUGCGCCACCCGCCCUUUCGGAAGAGAGCGUACGAUCCGCAACCUACUGAAUGCACGACUAAAACUUGAGCAUCAUCUCAAAAGCCUCAAAAACAAGUAUCAAGAGGAGCAAACGGACUCGCAGUGUAAUCAAGUAGGGUUGAAAAAUGAGCCUCCAACGGACGAAGUGAAUUACGACAUUGUAGCGGAACUCCGCAAGGAGCUCCAGAGUAGCAUAGAUAUACUCGAGGAUGUUUUGAAUGGAAUCAACCAAUCCCAAGACACUAGCGGAACAGUCCGACUCAUGAAUGAUAUCGUGCAGUUUCCAGUUGAGAAGAUUAAGCUGCUUGAGCGGCUGAUAGACUUGGGAAAGAAGAAAAGAGACCUGGAGAAAGUGAUUGACAAAACAGAGAUUGGGAACAUGUUGCGACAUACACGGCUAGAUGAGAAGGAAGAUGAAGACGGGGCGCAGCUGCGAUUGUUGCUCAACCAAUCUAUGGACGAAUGUGAAACAUUGAAAAAGCGAGUCGAAUAUUAUGCAGAGCUUCUGGGUUGA